UCUAUGUUCUUACCACUGCGCCACAAGACCUGUAUUGUUCUCUAUUUAUUCUGCCCGUCUCUCUCCCUCAGUCAGUGUUACUCUUUUUAUUUAUCACUGUGCUAUUCCUCUCUUCAUUACUACCCCACUCUAUCUUUCCCUGUUAUUCCUCCUGUAUUAUUCCCCUCUCGCUGUCUCUGGCUUGUUUCCUGGGACCGGCUCGAUGCCGCCGCCGCCGCUCUCUCCGCUGCUGCUGACUCUGAGCGUCGGUCUUGCAGCCGCCUCCAGCCCCGGGCUGGUGCUGCUCCUGGCCGAUGACCUCGGCUACGGGGACCCGGGCUGCUUCGGGCACCCGAGCUCCCGCACCCCCAACCUGGACCGGCUGGCGGCGGAGGGCAGGAGAUUCAGCGACUUCUACAGCGCGGCAAGUGUCUGCAGCCCGUCCCGGGCAGCCUUGCUCACAGGCCGUUACCCCACUCGGUCAGGGGUUUUUCCAGGUGUGUUCUACCCUGGGUCAAGGGGCGGGCUCCCGCUAAAUGAAACUACCAUCGCUGAGCUACUAAGACAGCAAGGGUACGUCACAGCAAUGGUGGGGAAGUGGCACUUGGGCUACGGCAGCAAUGGGAGCUACUUACCCAUCCACCAGGGCUUCGAUGAAUUUUUGGGUGUCCCCUACUCCCACGACCAGGGGCCCUGCCAGAACCUGACUUGUUUCCCACCAGACACCAAGUGCUACGGAAAGUGCGACCAAGGUGUGGUCCUCUUGCCCCUGGUCAAGAAUAACAAGGUUAUCCAGCAGCCAGUUGACUUUCCCACACUCACUCCGCUGUAUGAUCGUUUUGCGAGAGACUUCAUUCUAGGAGCAGCAAAGCAGCACAAGCCAUUCUUCUUUUACUACGCAUCACACCAUACCCACUAUCCACAAUUUGCUAGUGCUGACUUCACAGGGCAGUCCAAGAGAGGUCCAGUGGGGGACGCGCUGAUGGAAUUUGACGGUUCGGUGGGAGUGAUAAUGAAGGCUUUGAAGGACGCUGGAGUGGAGAAUAACACGCUUGUCUUCUUCACCAGUGACAAUGGCCCAGAGCUGAUGCGAAGGUCACGCGGAGGGAAUGCGGGUCUGUUGAAGUGUGGCAAAGGCACGACGUAUGAAGGAGGAAUGAGGGAACCUGCAGUUGCCUACUGGCCUGGCAAGAUCACUCCAGGUGUGACCCAUGAGCUGGCCAGCACCCUCGACAUCCUUCCAACAAUUGCCACCCUCUCGGGGGCAAAGCUUCCACCGGUCAAAUUAGACGGAUAUGACAUGAGGGAUGUCCUCUUCAAUAAUGGGAAGAGCAAGCGGGAGACCAUGUUUUACUAUCCAGUCACCCCCAGCAGAAAGCUGGGAGUUUUUGCUGUACGCUAUGGACAGUACAAAGCUCAUUACUUCACUCAAGGCUCCACCCACAGUGACAGUACCCCAGACCGUGACUGCCACUGGGACUCACUGCUCACCUCUCACAACCCACCACUGCUCUUUGACUUAGAAGCAGAUCCUUCUGAGAACUACCCACUCAGCAGCUCUGACAUUUCCAAUUACAGCUGGAUAAUCAAGCAGAUCCACGAGGAAAAGGUCAAAUUUGAGUCGGGAAUGGAGUUUGGAGAAAGUCAAAUCGAAAGAGGAAUUGAUCCUGCUCUUGAGCCCUGCAUUAACCUCGGUUGCAGCCCAAGGCCUGUCUGCUGCAGACAGACUUAGAUUAGAAGAAGGAAGGAAGGCAAAAUGCAACCCAACAGCUGCUUUAGUAACACUUGCUAAUCUCAAACUGAACCUGUCUGAGGGCGGUGCUGACGUGAAGUCGGGAAGUGGGAGGACUCUUCGGCAGAGUCCUGGCAUCCAGAAUCCAAGGUGAAGUCCUUGGUACAUUUGGGCAAUUGCUUGUGACUUAGAGAGAUUUUCCCCUGUGAGAGGAAGAAAAUCCCCAGCAAGGAUAAGUCUGACACACUGGACUGUGUGAAAAAUCAAUCGUUCAUUGAAUUCUGAUUAAUUACAGCAUCCUUUUAUGAUUUACUGUUAUGUUUAUAUGGGUUUUAAAAGCCCGCAAAUUGUGGGGAGGAGGGGAGACAGACAGAAAGGAAGACUCUUGGUCUUGGAUAAGGGCAUUCCUGCUUUUUCUCCCUUGGGAGGCAAGAACAUAGGAACAGGAGGAGCCCAGUCAGCCACUUGAGCCUAUUUACCAUCCAGAUCGAUCAUUGCUGAUCUGUAUCUCUACUGCAUUUACUCUAUAUAAAGGCUCUCUAGAGCCUUUGCUCUUUUUCCCUUGACAACCUUCAGCAACAAAAAUCUGUUAAUCCCGAUCUUGAAAGCUCCAACUGACCACAAACACCCAAAAUCUUUUGGGGAAGAGAGUUCCAGGUUUCCACUACCCUUUUGUGUGAAGAGAUGUUGCCUCGUUUCAUUCUCAAACAGCCUGGCUCUAAUUGUGAGAUUUGUUCUGAUUUUCCCCCCACAAAAUGAAAUUGUUUCUUUAUCUACUAUAUCAAAUCAUUUAAUUAUUUUAAAUACCUCAGUAGAUCACCUCCUCAGCCUUCUGAAUAGAAGGGAAUCUAAAGCAGAGGGUGUGAUAUUUUAGCAAACAGAUGUUUAAUGUGGAUAUAUAUUGAACCUUGCACAUCCAAGCAGUUCGAGGUUUAGUUUUACUGGAUGUAGGAUGUUGGGUUUAAGGUGCUGCAGUGUGUAAAGCACUGUGGGGAGUAUUUGUUCAUAAGUUUGAUCACCUCCUCUAAAAAUGAAGCAAUUUGUAAAAUUAACUCCUGCAGAUUAUAUCACUGUGAUCAGCAAAGCUUAAAAUGUUUUAAGGGAGAAUUAACUGCACUAAUUAAUCACUGGGUGAUUAUUUUGUACAUGUGAGAUGAAAUAAAUAAAUAAAUAAAUCUAUAUAUAGAUACA